CUACAAGCGCAAUGUGCUUCAUACACUAAACAUAUGCUGUCGGGAAAGAGAUGCAUUUCCAGUCUGUGCUCGAAAUACUUUUAGUGUCUGGGAAGAGGCGCCUAAAUAUCUCAAGCAACAAGAAAGAAUACAGUUAAAAUCAAGUGGACGAAUGGAAGCUGAAUAUAUGCUGUGAAAAACUUAACCUGGAUCUGACAUCUUGGGACAGCAUCCUCCACGGAAGAAAUCACUGACAGUCGUGCUGCCGAUGCAAUUUCCCAAGGAAGCUUUGGAAGGGACAUUAAAAUCGGCUGCUCUCCACUGCGAGUCAGCUGGAGCUCCAACCAAAAUGUGUAGCGAAUGCUAUACGAACCAGACGUUUGUUUACGAUGAUGGGACCGCGCACGAACACACAGCCAGGCCCUCACUUGAGACGGUGCAGAAAAACAACAGCAGCAACACCGGUAUCAUACUGGACAUCUCCACGCUGAAAAUGGCCGAGGUGGAUUCCGAGGUGCCCCCCCUCCCUCCUCGGUAUCGAUUUCGGGAUUUACUCCUGGGAGAUCAGUCCUUCCAAAACGACGACAGGGUGCAGGUGGAGUUUUACGUGAAUGAGAACACCUUUAAGGAGAGGCUGAAACUCUUCUUCAUCAAGAACCAAAGAUCAAGUCUCAGAAUCCGGAUCUUCAACUUUUGCCUGAAGCUGCUGUCAUGUCUCCUCUAUAUUGUGAGGGUCAUGGAUGAACCUGAAGCCGAGAGUGUGGACUCCAGUGCGGGCUCUCCGAGGAACAACACGGACUUUGAAAAGAUCAGCUGGGACAAGAUAUUUUGGGUGAACCGCAGGCUGCCAGUUUGGGCCAUACAGGUGAUCGUGGCCAUUAUCAGUUUCCUUGAGACGAUGCUUUUGACGUAUCUUAGCUACAAGGGGAACAUUUGGGAACAGAUCUUCCAGGUGUCCUUUGUCCUAGAGAUGAUCAACACAGUGCCCUUCAUCAUCACGGUAUUCUUGCGUGAUCUGAGAAGUAUUUUUAUCCCGGUGUUCCUCAACUGCUGGCUGGCUAAGAGCGCGUUAGAGAACAUGAUAAAUGAUCUGCAUCGAGCUAUACAGAGAACACAUUCUGCCAUGUUCAACCAGGUCCUCAUCCUCAUUUGUACUCUGCUUUGCCUCGUUUUUACUGGGACGUGUGGGAUCCAGCACCUGGAGAGGGCAGGGAAGAACCUCUCCCUGUUCAAGUCGCUGUAUUUCUGCAUCGUCACCUUCUCUACAGUGGGAUAUGGAGAUGUCACCCCUCGGAUCUGGCCGUCCCAGUUGCUGGUGGUCAUCAUGAUCUGUGUGGCGCUAGUAGUGCUCCCCCUACAGUUUGAGGAGCUCAUGUACCUCUGGAUGGAGAGGCAGAAGUCGGGGGGGAACUACAGCCGACACCGCGCUCAGACGGAGAAGCACGUGGUGCUCUGUGUCAGCGCGCUCAAGAUCGACCUGCUCAUGGACUUCCUGAACGAGUUCUACGCUCACCCCAGAAUUCAGGAUUACUACGUCGUGAUCCUCUGUCCUACAGAGAUGGACAUUCAAGUACGGCGCAUACUUCAAAUCCCACUCUGGUCGCAGAGAGUUAUCUAUCUUCAAGGUUCUGUGUUAAAGGACCAAGAUCUAUUGAGGGCUAAGAUGGAUGAUGCUGAAGCCUGUUUCAUCCUGAGCAGCAGAAACGAAGUGGACCGCACGGCUGCAGAUCACCAGACCAUCCUGAGGGCUUGGGCUGUAAAGGACUUUGCCCCGAACUGCCCUCUCUACGUCCAGAUCCUCAAACCAGAGAACAAAUUUCAUGUGAAAUUUGCUGAUCAUGUGGUCUGUGAGGAGGAGUUCAAGUACGCAAUGUUGGCUCUGAACUGUGUGUGUCCAGCCACAUCCACACUGGUCACGCUCCUCGUUCACACGUCCCGUGGACAGGAAGGCCAGCAAUCUCCAGAGCAGUGGCAAAGGAUGUACGGCCGUUGUUCCGGUAAUGAGGUCUAUCACAUCCGCCUUGGAGACAGCAAGUUCUUCGGCGAGUACGACGGAAAGAGCUUCACUUAUGCUUCCUUCCAUGCCCACAAAAAGUAUGGAGUCUGUCUGAUUGGGGUCAAAAGAGAAGAUAACAAGAGCAUCCUGCUGAACCCAGGCCCCCGACACAUAAUGGCCGUCUCAGAUACCUGCUACUACAUCAACAUCACCAAGGAGGAGAACUCCGCCUUCAUUUUCAAGCAAGAGGAGAAGCACAAGCGGAAAGGUCUACCUCCAGGUGGUCUCUAUGAUGCCCCAUCCAGUCUCCCAGUCCACAGCAUCAUCGCCAGUAUGGGAACCGUUGCCAUGGACCUCCAGAAUACGAACCCGCCCGACAGCAGCAGCAGCAAGCUUGCCCUCCCUGCCGAGAACGGGUCCGGUAGCCGCCGGCCGAGCAUCGCCCCGGUCCUGGAGAUCGCAGACUCUGCUGCGAUCCUGCCAUGUGACCUCCUCGGGGACCAAUCGGAGGACGAGACCACCCAGUCUGAUGACGAAGGCUCCCUGGGCUCUGAGUAUGUGAAAGGGUACCCCCCCAAUUCCCCCUACAUUGGGAGUUCCCCCACCUUGUGCCACCUGCUGCUGUGCAAAGCCCCGUUCUGCUGCCUUAGGUUGGACAAGGGCUGCAAGCACAACAGUUUUGAAGAUGCCAAAGCCUACGGCUUUAAGAACAAGCUGAUCAUCGUGUCUGCCGAGACAGCAGGGAAUGGACUGUACAACUUCAUUGUCCCCCUCCGCGCUUACUACCGGCCCAGGAAGGAGCUGAACCCCAUCGUGCUGCUCCUGGACAACCCGCCAGAUAAUCACUUCCUGGAAGCCAUCUGCUGUUUUCCAAUGGUUUACUUCAUGGCGGGAACCAUUGACAACCUGGACAACCUGCUCCAAUGUGGCAUCAUCUACGCUGACAACCUGGUGGUGGUGGACAAGGAGAGCACCAUGAGUGCCGAGGAGGACUACAUGGCGGAUGCCAAGACCAUCGUCAACGUUCAGACCAUGUUCAGACUGUUCCCCAGCCUCAGCAUCAUCACUGAGCUCACGCACCCCUCCAAUAUGCGCUUCAUGCAGUUCCGUGCCAAGGACUGCUACUCCCUGGCCCUAUCCAGGCUGGAGAAGAAAGAGCGUGACAAGGGCUCGAACCUGGCCUUCAUGUUCCGCCUGCCGUUCGCUGCAGGCCGGGUGUUCAGCAUCAGCAUGCUCGACACGCUGCUCUACCAGUCCUUUGUGAAGGACUACAUGAUCCCAAUUGCACGGCUGCUGUUAGGCCUGGACACCACACCUGGCUCAGGAUACCUGUGUGCUAUGAAAAUUUCAGAAGAGGAACUCUGGAUCCGGACUUACGGGCGGCUGUUUCAGAAGCUUUGCUCCUCCAGCGCGGAGAUCCCCAUCGGGAUUUAUCGGACUGAGUCGCACAUAUUCUCCUCAGAGGUGUCCAUUAACGUGGACGAGCGUGAGGAUGCCAAGGAGCGGCACGAGUCCUGGAAGGAGAAGGGCACCCACCGGAACUCGACGGGCAGCGACCAGUCAGAGCACCCUCUGCUGCGGAAGAAGAGCAUGCAGUGGGCGCGGCGCCUGAGCCGCAGGAAUCCCAAGCCGGGGAGCCGCGCCGAGCGCAUCACGCAGCAGCGGCUCAACCUGUACCGGCGCUCCGAGCGGCAGGAGCUCUCUGAGCUGGUCAAGAACCGCAUGAAGCACCUGGGGCUGCCCACCAACGGAUACGAGGAUGUAGCUAAUUUAACCGCAAGCGAUGUGAUGAAUCGGGUAAACCUAGGAUAUUUGCAAGAUGAGAUGAACGACAACCAGAACACGUUGUCCUAUGUCCUGAUCAACCCCUCACCAGACACCAGGCUGGAGCUCAAUGACAUUGUGUACCUGAUCCGCCCGGACCCGCUGGCACACGUACCUGAAGAGUCGGCCCCACCCUCAACCAAGACCAACGUGCGCAUGAAGCAGGAGCUCGGGAUGGAGACCAAAGACGAGACUCAGCUCUGAGUGCCCUGGCCCAGCUCAACAAGCAACUAACCCCCCCUGAUCUCCCACAACUCUUUCCUGAUGGACCCAGUCUGAGACUAACAAGCUGCUAGAUGCAGGGAGAUGGCGUGCUUGCUCUAGAUGUGCAUGGUCUACAGACAUUUAUGGCUGGGUGCCCUGUGCUGGGGCAGGUGAGCCCUCUCUUUGUGGGGGGGGGACACAAAGAAUAAGGCUGCAUUCAGGGAUCAGGCUUUUCCGAGAGCCUGGGAACAUUCUUUCAUUCCUCUAUUGAAAAUGGUUCUAGUGUUAUCCAUCUCCCAUGAAAUCAGAACCCAAACACACAAUAUUUGGUGUUGGUUCAACCAAUAUGCUAAAAAAAGAGAUUUUUUUUUUAGUUGUUCUCCAUGCCAAUAGAAAUGUUUUUUUUAUUUUAUUUUUGUAGUGCUUAGUCAAAAUCAGCUUGUUUAAUACAGCUAUAGACUUUCACUGAAGCAAAUAAUGUUAUUUCUCUCGCAAGACCCCGUGUCAGACACUAUGUUCUUCAUAAGCCAUUGUUAUAGGUCUGUAAUAUAAGAUAUUAGUGCAUUUGUUAGGCUUUUAGUUAGCAUUUUUUUAACAGUGAGAUGCUCUUUAACAGUGCACUCUUGCAACGGUGAGGAGAACCAUGUGAUUCGGGAAUGGGGAGGGAGAGGAACAUUUUACUGGGAAUUUGUUUUCAGGACCAACAGAGAAUGGACAGUGUGUGGGGGGGGUCAAAAUUGCACACGCAAGACACCGAGAAUGAAGGAAUGAGGGAGUCAGGGAUGAAGGAAAUCAAGGGCAUGGAAGCUGUAGGGACAGCGUAAAUAAUCGUAGCGCAUGGGGUAGGCAGCUGUAACACUAACCCCAAAACCUUCGGCUCCCACCUCUAUCAUGAAAUAACGACACCCCCUCCCCCCAGCCCCCAUAAACAACUCCAUAAUCAUUAGGGCCACUGCAAGCGCAAAGAAUACAUUUUUUUUUUGUGCAUAGUCUUAUUCUUUAACCCCAACCCUUCGGUUCAGUUUUGAGCAGUAUGCUCAGGUAUGUGAUUCCUUUGAUGCUGUAACCUGCUCUUCUGUUGCCGUUCACGUGGAUCCCGGAGGAUGCUACACAGGGCAUUACCGAUCCGCUCUCCUGCAGCCCCAACUCAGGCUUCGUCUUGGACAGCUCAGUGUCAAGGACUGAGGCUGUAGGAAAGCGGUAUGUUAGUAUCUGGUAGUUUUAACCGGGUGGUUUGGAAUCGGAAUUCUGCAAAGCAGGUUUUUGUAGCAUUGUUGCUACCGAUGCUGUAUUACCAUUUUUAAAUGAGAGAUUCACUUUGCAUAUCACAAUAUGCAUAUUAUAAUAUCCAGUGGCUUGUCAUAAACUUAAAUGACGCCACGCUGAGAUCCGCUAUUACAGAGAAACGGCUCCUUUUCGGUUUGGGUUUGCCGCCUGCGAGUCCUUCAUUCUGGGAACACAUGCCGAAGCCAAAAGGGACGCGAAGCCAAGUGAAUUCAGUACAAAUGGGGAAAAUGUUUACUAAAGUGCCCUGAGGGGAAGUUUAAGAACAUUUACAUGGAAUUCUUUCUCUCCCCCACUGUGUUUGAAAACCACCAAGUGGCACUGAAUCGCUUACAAAUCGUGCCAUUUUAGUAUUAUGUUUGUCUUUAUGUUGUGGCUUCACCUGUUAUCUCUGCAAUAUUUUGAUGUGCUAUAAUUCUUCACUGCACAUUUUGGUGGUAUAAGUCUUACCCCCUUCAUCUAGAAGGAAACAGGAUAUAGGAUGUAAGUACGACGAUAUUGCUGCUGUAAAACACUGUAAAAUAAAAAAAAAACACGUUCUAUCAGAACAUAGUUUACAUUAAUUAGAGUAACAUACAGUGGAAUGGUUUGUUUGAUAUACUACAUUUGACAGUUUUACAUUUAUUAAAAGAAUUUCUGUAAUUGUAUACAUUUGUAUUUUGCAAUGGUAAUAUAGUUGGUGUAAGAUACGUACGUGAAUGUUUGCAGAGGGGGGCUUCUUCUGGGGCUUUCUGUGGCGUUAACUGGGCCCAGUCUAACCAGUCUAAGCCUCACGAGAAACUCAUACUAGGAAAUCGGUUCAGACUCACAGAUAUUUUACAGUGACGCGGACGUUUACGUACGUUCGAACAUUCAGUUUUGUGACAAUUAUACCUCACUUUAUGCCUGUCACUGUUGAAAACUUGAUUUGAGGAAUUGCCUGGUGCGUUACAGAGAGGAUUUAUGAAGAUAAAAUUGUCCAUUGCGAUUGCUGUAAUAAAUGACGAACACUCGGACUUCUCUAAUGA